AUGGCUCGCGUGCGCGAGAGCUCGAGCAAAGCGGUGGGUGAUCCUGUCGUCAAUGCCACAGAUAUCGACCAGCAGGAUGCCAUGGACGCACGUGUUCAGGCCCAGUUCGUGUUCAUUGCGUCGACAGGCCACAAGACGAAGCCGGAUCGCCAACAGCUCCGGACCCUGCGGGGACAUGUUAUGCACAACUACCUGGAGCGGAGGGAUGCUGGGAAGCAAGAAGGCGAAGCCGACAAAGCGGGCGGAGUGGCGCUGAACACUGCGCAUUCGCACGGUCGGGAUUCAGAACAUGGCAUGAGCGGCGGGCAGAAGAUGAGAUUUAGGAUGCGAUCCGGGGAAUUGGAGCUUCGGCACCCAUACCGGUACCGCACCGGCAAGAAGAGGAAGCAAAGAAACACGAGCGAAGAUGAGCGGGAAGGAGAUUCGACAGCAAAUGUAUCAUCCGCCAUCACCGAGCGACAGGUCGCCACCGACUCAGGCUUCGUGCCAGGCAUGCCCGUGACGUGGCUGGGGUCUCGCAAGAUAGACGUUUUCAAAGUCUUGCCGGUGCAGAUGGAUCAGGGAGAUGAGACCUCGCUCUUCCUGUUCCAGCAAUACGAGCGGUACCCUUGGUGUCCCAUCAAUGGCCAGAGUUCCUGGUCGUCGUUCGCGAUAUCCGACCAGUUGGUCUUCCACGCGACAAUGUUCAGCUGGGGCAUGCAUUUCCGGCACCGCAGACCAGUGCCCGAUCCGCAGGAGGAAAUGAAGACACUGCAGCACAAGGUAGCGGCUAUAUCACUCAUCAACGAUCGCUUGUCCGACUUGGAGCAGGCGGCGAAUGAUGAGACAGUCGCGGCGGUUGCAGCCUUGACCAACAUCGCCCUUGUCAUUGACUCCUACCCCGAGGCGAGCAAGCACAUGGCGGGUCUGUGGGCGAUUGUGCAAAUGCGCGGGGGGCUCUCGUCGCUAAAAUCCAACGUUCAACAACACCUCCAGCGGCUGAUCAGCUGGAACGACCUGAUAUACUCGGAAGUGUUUGAUGAGAAACUGCGCUUCCCACCGAUCGAAGUCUGGGACGAGUCGUGGGGAACUCUUGAGCGGCGCCAGACCACCUCGGGGUCAUUGCCUGGCCUGAGCCGGGAAGAACUCGAUACAGCCGGAGUUCCUCACCACCAGGUCGUCGGUCUCCUCAGCGACAUCCGUGACCUCUGUGAUGCCGAGCAGAUCAGCCCCCUGAGGCUCACCAACGACCAGGGGCGGAUGCGCCGAGCCGACAUGUUCCACCGCAUCGAGAGAAAGUUGUGGGUCAUUGUCCAAGGGGAUACCACGCUGGGGGACAAUCACUGGAGCGUGACCAUAUGGAGGGCGGUAUCGUUGUCGGCCUUGCUGUUCACCCACCAUUACUUGCGCGGCAAUCCGCUGAAGUACCGGCAUUUCAACGUCCUGUCAAUACAGCUCUACGACACGCUGCUAGCGAUGGACCAGGACCUGACGGAGCUGGAUUUCGCUCCCUCGCUGCUCAUCUGGAUGUUGGGUACCGGGGCGGUGACCACCUCGUUGUCCCCGGUCGUGCAUGCGUCGUUCAUCUUCAUGCUUGGUCGAGCGUGCGUCAAGCAUGGACUAGUAGACUACGACCGGUUCCGAUGGACUCUGAGCCAGUUUCUGUGGACCGGCGAGGCCGAUGAGCUGAGAUAUUCGAAGCUCUGGCACGAGCUGGAACCGGCCAUGCAGGUGACUCAUCUCGAGGCCGCUUAA